AUGUCUUUGCAGAGCGACCACUCGAUCCACGAGGACAAGGCGCCUCGGAUAUCCUCCAGUGUCCCACAUGAGCCCUCGGAAACAGCAGCUACGGCAGACAAGAACGUAGAUGGCGCAUGGCAGUUCCUGGACCAGCACCGCGAUGCCGAGGGCGCCGGCAUCGAUCUCAAGGCGCUCAGACGCAAGAUCGACUGGCACGUUGUUCCUCUCAUGUUCUGCUGCUACACAAUGCAGUUCCUCGACAAAGUCAUCCUCAACUAUGCCGCCGUCAUGGGCCUGACUACGGACCUGAAACUCGUCGGCAACCAGUUCAGCAACAUUGCCACCUUUCUCUUCGUCGGCCUUUUGUGCUUCGAGAUCCCCAACAUCUGGUUCUUGCAGAUGGUCCCAGCAGCCAAGUGGCUGGGCCUCAACGUGACUCUGUGGGGUGUCGCAACGGCAUGCGGUGCUGCCGCCACGGGCUACAAAUCCCUCCUUGUCUCGCGCAUCUUCCUGGGCGUCUUUGAAGCCACCGUCGGCCCGUCGCUGAUGCUGAUCAGCAGCCAAUGGUACACAAAAUCCGAGGCCGCGCCCCGAUUCUCCUUCUGGUACCUGGGUCUCGGGCUGGGCCAGAUUUUUGGCGGUGCCAUAUCGCACGGCUUCCAACACGUCCCCGUGGGGCAAGGCCUCGCCGGCUGGAGGAUCAUGUUCAUCACACUCGGCGUCGUCACCGUGGUGAUCGGACUGAGCACGCUGGCCUUUAUGCCUGACACGCCCAUGAAGGCCAAGUGGCUGAGCAAUGCCGAAAAGGUCGCGCUGCUCAAGCACGUGAGCAUCAACCAGACGGGCAUCGAGAGCCGCAAGUUCCGCCCCAAGCAGAUAGUGGAGGCCCUUCUGGAUCCGCAGAUGUGGCUGUUGACCGUGUCCGUUGUUCUGCUCUCCGUGUCGAGUGGUGUCGUGACAACCUACUCGGCCACACUCAUCCGCAACCUUGGCUACGUCCCAAAGCAAGCCGCCCUCAUGAACAUGCCCUCGGGUGUCGUGAGCAUCUUCUUCACACUCCUCGUCGGCUUCGGCAUUCGCAGGGGCGGUCACCGCUGGGCGUGGAUCAUCGUUUGCAUCAUCCCUGCCAUCCUGGGCGGCGCUCUCAUGUCCUUCUUGCCGCCUACAAACCGCUCUGGCGUUCUCGCUGGUGUGUAUCUGGUCAACGCUGUUGUGGCGCCUUUGACCGUCUUCUACAGUUGGACGGCAGCCAACUUUGGCGGUGCCACGAAGCGCGCCUUUGCAACCGCCAUUGUCAGCGGUUCCUUUUCGCUGGGCAACAUCAUCGGGCCUCAGACCUUCCAGGCCCGCGACGCCCCCGAAUAUCGGCCCGCCAAGCUCGCCGUCAUGGGCACGCAGGCCGGCUGUGCGCUCACCACGUGUCUUCUUUUCGCGUACUACGUCUGGAGCAACAAGCGCAGGGAGGGCGAGCAUGUCGCCGAGGAAGGGGAGUUUAUGGACCGCGAGGUCUGGGUUACGCUGACGGACCGCGAGAACAAGGCCUUCCGGUACACGUACUGA